UCCUCGUAUGCUUAAAAUUAGCCCACUUAUCGAUUCAAAAACAACAACGAUCAACACGAUGUUGCUCCAUUUUUUAAUCUUGUGGAAAAAUGAAAACACUACCAAGGCACUUUUAAACAGGGUUUGACUUCAUUGCAUUGCGGGGUUUUACUUCAGAGGCUGUCUUUUUGCUUUAAGAACCGCCAAAAUCUGUAACACAAACACUGAGCGUUAUUGUCCCGUACAUUGUUUCAUGAUUUCCUUCCUCAGUGGUUUGCAUCAACGUGCAGAGGCAGGAAAACAAAAGCCUUCAGGCUGCUGCAUUGUCAAGGUGUUGCCGCUAGAUGGAGACAAAUCACAAAGCGAAGUGCUGCUGUUCAGCUGGUGCCAAUCAAUAACUCAGAGUGAGUCGCUGCAGAACCGCUCAGCUUAACUCAAAGCACAAGUUGUAAGACAUCUCUGCAAAUUUACAUUUGAAAAUAACCCAAGGACACCCAGCAAAUUCAUUGACUGCUCCAUGUAAUGACCAUCGCGCCCCCCACUGCGAUCGCUAUAAUUUGACACCACAGCAGAGCCAAAUAACACAGACUUCAUAAUAACUUAAUGCUUUUGGGGCUGGCAUUCUCUCUCUUCCAGCCAGUCUUUACCGCCUGCGUUAUUUGGUGGCAGCCUAUAACAUAUUCAAAAUGGAUGAUGCGUAUAGGUCUCACGUAUGGGAAAAGAUAUUAAUUGAUUUAGGUAGCUAGAUUAGCUGCCACCUCUUAAUCGAUGACCUUUAUCCAGCUGUUGCGCUUCAAAGCUGCCACCAAAAGCUGGCUGCUUGUCUCUGAUUUCCCUGUUCGCCUCUUCGCAAUUCACUGCACGCCGCCGAGAUUUAUGCUAUGCUGAGGCUGGCUGCACUGCGCUUCGACAAGACGACCGCAGCCAGACCGAGCACGACCGGAAAACACGGACGCAGCCUUAAAAAUAAAAGCAUAGAUUGUGAUAUAUAUCUUUGACUUAAAAUGUCGAAUUCACCUUAUAGAUUUUUUUCCCUUUGAUGGACUGUUGUAGAAUGGGUUGUUUGAAUUAUAAGGAUUAUUAUUUUAUUCAUGUUUAUGUUACAGACGCAUCACGCAUAUUAUUGCUUUGUGCGUUAGUGUGAGAGCAACAGGGUUGGCUGUGAGCAGUGUUGUAACAGAUAUAUAUAUUUAAUACGCGUUCUGCUCUUUAUUUAAUGGAGGACGUGGUUACUAAAUGCUACUGAAUCGUGUGAAGUGACAAAAACACCUUUUAUUUAGAAAAAAAAAACAACAAUUAACUGAAAUUACACUCAGGUACCGCUUGUUUGGCAAGAAGCAAACUUUUUUUGAAAGUUCCCACCGGAAGUGCCGUGAUUUCACUGUGUAUGCUUGACAUUACGCGCACUUCAAUGCCAACUUUCUCAGAGCGCACAGGCGCACUGUUCUCUGCCAAACACGGCUGUGUUGAACGGAGAAGACUUCGCGCUGCAGUCACAUCUGAACAAACAUUUAUUUAUUUCAACUAAAACAAAGACACUAGUCGACUUCGGAGGUUUUACGCGCAGCGCCAGAGCUCCUGGUGACUUACGUUUAUCUUGAUAUAGUGCACACUUUAGUGAAAAUCUCAAAGAGUUGGACUGUUUUGUGAAGGACUUGUUGUCAUCAUCAUGUGGGGGAUCCAGAGGACGCGGUAUGCGGACUGCAACGGCUCUGAAGCCAGCGAAGAGACAGAGAUUGUCGUCAACAUCGGCGGGGUCAAACAGGUGUUAUAUGGGGACGUGUUGAGUCGCUACCCCGACACCCGGCUGGCAGAACUGGUGGACUGUUCACUUAAGUCUUCUGAAGAAAUAUCUUCACUAUGUGAUGACUAUGACCCUGAAACUGGAGAAUUUUAUUUCGACAGAGACCCCGAAGCAUUCAAAUGUAUAAUUGAGCUGUAUUAUUAUGGAGAGAUUCACAUGAAACGAGGCAUCUGCCCAAUUUGUUUCAUGAAGGAGAUGGAGUUCUGGAAAAUCGGCUCGGAUUUUCUGGAUGAGUGUUGUAAAAGCCAUCUGAAGGAGGUCGAGGAUGAACUUGCGGAGAUUGCAGAGAAAGUGAGAACGAUCCUGGUGGACCGAGAAGGUGAUCCGUCUGCAGGAGGCUGGCAACGCUUCCAGGUGUGCCUCUGGAGGCUGAUGGAGAAGCCGGAGUCCUCGCUUCCUGCGCACAUAAUCGCUAUAGUUUCUUUCAUCUUCAUCCUCAUUUCCUCCGUGGUGAUGUGUGUGGGGACCAUCCCAGACCUACAGGUGGAGGACUCAGAGGGUAACCUCUCGGAGCACCCAACUCUUGAGGUCAUCGAGACCGUGUGCAUCGGCUGGUUCACUAUUGAAUACGUCCUGCGUCUGAUCUCCUCCCCCAAUAAAAUUAAAUUUGUCCUGUCAUUCAUGAACAUCAUCGACUUCAUGGCGAUCAUGCCUUUCUUUGUGGUGCUGAUUCUGACCUCCUUCGGCGCAGGAGUGAUGGAGCUGGCUAACGUGCAGCAAGCGGUGCAGGCUUUACGCAUAAUGCGCAUUGCGCGCAUAUUCAAACUGGCACGACAUUCCUCUGGACUCCAGACCCUCACAUCUGCCCUGAAGAGCAGCUUCAAAGAGCUCGGGCUGCUCCUAAUGUAUAUGGGCGUAGGGGUGUUCCUUUUCUCCGCACUGGGUUACACAAUGGAGCAGAACCAUCCGGACACCUUGUUCACCAGCAUCCCACAGUCGUUCUGGUGGGCUGUGAUCACCAUGACCACGGUGGGCUAUGGAGACGUCUACCCCAAGACCACUUUAGGUCGGUGUAACGCGGCCAUCAGCUUCCUGUGCGGAGUGAUCGCCAUAGCUCUGCCUAUACACCCCAUCAUCAACAAUUUUGUCCUGUUCUACAACAAGCAACAGGUGCUGGAGACUGCAGCCAAGCAUGAAAUUGAACUGAUGGCACUGCGCUCUGGCGAUGGUGAGCAGGAGGCCGCACCCGGCGCCCAUAAACAUGUGUGCGGCGCAGGGGUCUGGGACAACGCCAUGCAUCCUUGUCACAGCGACACAUACAUCCCUUUACUGAAGGAUCCUAGGGCCGGGGCAGGGAUCCAGACCCCCAGCAUGGACACAAGCUUCGAAAGCACAGUCGAGGCCACUGAAUAUUUCGUGUCAUGAACAAUGAUCAUCCUGCGUCGUUUGAAAAGACUCUAAAACAAUAUAACAAAUUCACCGUCAAUGUUUGACUUAUUCAAACGCAACACGCACAAGUUAGGGGUUUAGGACACCAUGCUGGCUUGUAAAUAGCAUCAUAGAAACAAUAAGGCCGCAGUAACGCUCUCCAAGGACCUUUGAAGCAUAUGGGAAAGUGUGCCCAUUAAGGGGACAUGUAUGUAAGAUAUUGACUUGAUGAGCUGUGCCUUUGCGCAGUGACUCCCUAUAGGCUGAGGGGUUCUGUUUGAACAGCCAGUACACCGAUUCCCCCCAUGUAGGCUUCUUAUAUAACGCGUCCCCCAUCCCCAGUCCUCACACUCAUACUGUAGACUGCAUUGUAGCUUAUUCCUCUGUACAAAAAUAUAUGUCACAAUGGAUGUUUUUCUUUUUUAAAAAAAAAAAAGACAAAUAAUAGUAGCAAGAGAAAAGAGAGAUGUAGUGAUACGUUUAUGAAGGGUGUACAGGUCUCACAAAAAACCUGAAGCAAAAUUGUUGGUAUUUAGUAGUGAUAGAGACUUAUGUAUAAAUAAAUUUCUCAAUGAGAUCACUAAGAAGCCUGCUGUCAUUAAAUGUACUCAAAGUGAUGAGUAUGUUGGAGAAUAUAAUAGCAACACAUCAUCAGGGCUCUUUAGUUCCUGCCUGAGAUCUCCUUGGCAUUGGUGUAAUUUGCUUUUAUGGCCACUGUAUGAUUGUGAGGUGAUGCAUCAGAUAUAUAUAUAUAAAUAUAUAUAGAAAAAAACCCCUCAACUGUUGCAGGAAUGUUAAAAGCAGCGAGUGUGAUUAGAUAGGGUCAUGUAACUGACACCAGGACUUCUGAAGCUUCCUUGGCUGCAGGACACGUCCCUGUAAUGGGUUUAAAUUUUGCAGGAGCCGUCAGCACUCUGCUCCUCCCUGGAGGUUCGGUGGAAUAACUCGACCACCAAGUUAUGGGAAAGGAGGAAGGAGCAAUAGGCAGGAGGUUAAACAAACAACAACAA